CCCUCUGAAGGGGGUUUCCAGCCAGUGGGUCCUCGUGAUGAAGUGGAUACGUCCUUGUCUUAUGCCCAGCAUCAAUUCAACAGGAUUCAGAGUCGCCCUCUCCAGCAAGAUAUAAACCCUAGGAUUGUUGCUGCAUGUUGUAAACCGCUCACGUAGGAUGAAUCUGGUCGGUGGUACACUCGUGUAUCGUAGUUACAAGAGUCACACUUGAUUAGUGUUGAUAGAAACUUAGACCUUGGGAGACUUGACUGGCAGUUGUCUAUACAAGGAUCCUCAUUCUUGUGCAGCUUGCCCAUCACUAUCGAGUCUUUAAAUUCCAGUAUCUCCUGAAGAAGGGAUCACAAGUCGAAUGACGGCUGCGACCAAGUUCUAUCCUUGUCUUAUGCUCUAUCAUUCACACAAUCAUCAGAUACUGCUGGUUAUAUAUGUCACUGGGUAUGCCUGCUACAGACGUAAACAGGUUUGCUCUAAUUUUGAGUUUCUUGUGAGUGAACAAAGUUGCACGAUGACUUAUCGUGUCGAUCUUCGACUUUCAAUGUAUCCAAUCGUUACCUUCUUAUUAAUCUCAAGUGCCGUCCCGGGAUCAAUCGUUGCCCAAAGCUCUAAGAUGAGCUUCACAAAUGAAGGAAGGCAAGCACGUGUGCAUCGAUAUCAGUCUGCUGUACAAGAUGGGACGCUUUUGCAACGAGUGCAUCCCUCCAGGGAACAAACUGCAGCGAGAAUCUGGUCUGAAGGCGCAAGACGCGUACUCCGGGACAUUUCCCCGCCUGGUAUGUGGCCUGUGACUGAUGAGCCGCCCGAGCUUGCUCAUAGACGGGCUUUGCUUACAGCGGCAAAUUGCAAUCACCGAAUGCUUAUCGACGUCACAGAACCAUCUUCUCCUUCAGGGCGAUAUCUACUCCGUGAAAUGUCUCCUUCCCGAAUGCGGCGCCGGACUGAUUCACCUCCUGAGUUUGCUCGUAGACGGGAUCUGCUAUUUGCAGGUAAUAGUCAGAGGCCGAAGUUAACGCGGAAGAUUGUCAGAAAAUCGUAUUCUUCUAGACGAACGCUACUUCGUGAUAUCUCACCUCCAGGAAUGUGGCCAGUUCCUGAUCCUCCACCGGAGAUCCAGGAAUUGAGAAGGAGAAGAGGUCUCUUACAAUUCUCUGUCCUCGGUCCCGGUCCAAAAGUUCUCGUUCAAAGGACAGUGAAUGGUGUCAAUGACGAUCCGGCUCAUCAAGGAGAUCUCCUUAACACUUGGGAGUUGUGGCGCCAUAAACUUCAAUGACGUGCAACAUUUCCGUUGCAUAUGUCAUAGACUGUAAGUAAUCCUAGAAGUACUCUUGUUUGUCACUCAGGACGUAUUGAGCCCAGGCUGACUCGAACCACCAGCUGAUCACCUACUUUCAGUACUCUGCAGGAACAAACUGACAUUCUCUGUCAGCGUGUGCAAGAAGAUUCGUUGCAUACGCUAUACUGUAAAGCUAUUUCUGCGAGGAUCAGGAACUGCGGCUAGAUGCGGAGGGGUGAUGACUGGUAGAAUAUCGUCAUUGAACGAUUAUUGGAUCCAGGUUUUCGGGCCUCUGGAAGGCAAAAUUGGACCUGUUUCUAAAUUAUUGUACAGGCUGCAAUGGAACUCAAGGGUGUCAAAUCCUUGGAUGUAAUAGCAGGGACAAACCAUUUCAAUAUCCCUGACUGAUGGUACAGAAAUAGACAUAUUGACCUUAGUGCCAUCUUUUGUAGAACCUUCAUCUACUUAUCGGUGCAAACGCCACAACAAAUAAGACAUUGAUAGAGUAUCAUACAGAGCAAAGGCCGUUACAGGCCGUCCUGAGUGCCAACUAAUCGCUUUGGGAUAAUCCCCAUACCAAUCCUAUUAUACAUACCAGGAGUCCCUGGUUACAAAACCUCGACAAGUAUCCGUGUUUUUCAGGAUCACGUAAAGCGAUUUAUGGUACAUACAGCUUACAACUAGAGCUUCAUUCCCACUGAAGUUAUUUACUGG